AUGCAGGACCCAUCGAGGGACAAGGAUCUCUCAUUUGCAAAACUCAGCGACCUCGGCUUUCACAUCUCCAUCAAAAUCGUCUCGCUUGAAGGACGUGUACCAAAGCACUCGUUCACGGACGUGCUUGAGGACGAGGACCUGCGACACUCGGGGACGGAUAGGGACGGCCUCACAGACCUGUACGUCACCUGCCAAUUGUGGACCGACGGCAAGGCCAACUGCCUUCCUUUCCGCACAACAUGGAAGGACUUUGCGCGCUCGUACAGCUGGAAUCAGAGCAUUGUAUUGUUUAUCACGUAUCAGAGUCUCCAGCCGACGUCGCAGCUCACGUUCACAAUCUGGGACGUGCAGGGUGCGGGGAAGGCGGUUCCGGUCGGCGGGACCACGAUGAAGCUGUUCCGGCCCGACAGAACGCUUCGCCGCGGACAGCAGCGACUGUAUGUCCACCGUGGAGUAGAAGCAGAUCCCACGGCCGACUCAACGACGCCCAGCGAAAUGACGAGCGCGGAGGACGAGAUGGGUCGCCUCGAACGAUUAGUGAAGGACUACGAGCGUGGCGAUGUACCCAAGAUCGACUGGCUUGACCGCAUCGCGUUCCGCCAGAUCGAGCGUGCUCACGCCGCCGAGGCAAAGCAAUCCGAUAACCUGUACCUCUACAUCGACCUGCCGCGCUUCGACUUCCCCAUCGUCUACAGCGAACACGAGAGCCCCAUUCCAUAUCCUCCUGCCCCGGUGCCUCGCGAUCCGCAGACACAUCAGCACACGCCGGCGUUACCUCCAAACUCGCUGAGCAAUGACAAGCACUUGUGGAGGCUGUAUGAUCCCGACGCGUGGCGCGAGAACCCCGUCGAGAUCAAGCACCGAAAGUUGCUCCGUUCACAGCGUCUCGGCGACGAGGGACGAGACCUGAAGCCGGGACCGGCAGACCGCGACAGGUUAAACGAAAUCUUCUCUAUGCCACCCACCGCACAGCUGUCCGCCAACGACAAGGACCUACUGUGGAAGUUCCGCUUCUCAUUGUUCCGCUCGCCCCGGUCGCUCACCAAGUUCCUCAAGUGCGUUACAUGGUCGGAUCCCGUCGAAGCGAAACAGGCCACCGAGAAGCUUCUCCCAUUGUGGGGUCAGGAGGUGGGGAUGGAUGACGCGCUCGAACUACUGGGUCCUGGCUUCGCAGAUCGCCGGGUUCGCGCGUUCGCGGUCGAGAGGUUGAAGCGAGCGGACGACGAGGAGAUCAUGCUCUACCUCCUGCAGCUCGUUCAGGCCCUCAAGUUCGAGCACGAGCCGGCGCCGUCAAAACGCUCGCGUCGGCGAGACGAACCAUCAGCAACUAACGUGGGGGACAGCGGGCUCGCGCAGUUCCUGAUUGACCGUGCUGUUGCCAACCCCAUAUUUGCAACAAAGUUCCACUGGUAUCUCGGCAUUGAGUGUAACUUCCACACUCCAUUCGGAAAGAUGUUCACAGAAGUUGGGUUCCGAUUGCAAACAAAGUUGGGCGAGGGGCUGGCGCUGCAGGAUGUUCUCACACGGCAAGCGGCACUCGUCGAAGCACUCUCUGCACGCGCGAAGGAGAUCCGCGGCUCAAAGGACUCGCGCUCGCGCAAGAUCGAGAAGCUCAAGACGUACAUCGGCGACGCCCGGCAUGGCCUCUGUCCGCUUCCCACUGCGGUGCCGCUACCCCUCGAUCCUCGCGUGACAGCGUCGUCGAUCAACGCCGAGCGCUCGUCUGUGUUCAAGUCGAACCUGCUCCCAUUGCUUCUGUGGUUCGAGACGGUUGCGAACGACGACGAGCCAGACGCGGAGACGGUCUCGCCCGACUAUCCCCUCAUCUUCAAGAACGGCGACGACUUACGGCAAGACCAGCUCGUGAUCCAGCUCUUCAACCUCAUGGACCGCCUGCUGAGGAAGGAGAACCUCGAUCUCCGACUCAGCCCGUACUCAGUCCUCGCAACGUCGACGACUGAGGGCAUGAUCCAGUUCGUGCCAAGCAAGAGCCUGGCCGCGAUCAUGGCUGAGCACGGCAGUUUGCAGAACUAUCUGCGCGAGCACCACCCCGAUGUCGGUGCGUUAGGGUCGUACGGCAUCGAGGGCGGCGUCAUGGACACGUUUAUCAGGAGUUGCGCGGGCUACUCGGUGCUCACGUACAUUCUCGGCGUCGGCGACCGCCACCUUGACAACCUGAUGCUCGCGCCAGACGGCCAUUUCUUCCAUGUCGACUUUGGCUACAUCCUCGGCCGUGACCCGAAGCCCUAUCCCCCGCCAGUCAAGGUGUGUAAGGAGAUGGUUGACGCAAUGGGUGGGCAGCAAAGUGCGCACUACGCCCGUUUCCAGAGCCUGUGUUACACAGCGUUCGUGAAUCUGCGGAAGAACGCCAACCUCAUCUUGAAUCUGGUGGCGCUCAUGGUCGACGCGGGCAUCCAGGACAUCCAGCUUGAGCCUGACAAGGCCGUGUGGAAGGUGCAGGAAAAGUUCAUGCUCGAUCUCCCUGAGGAGGACGCGAUCAAGCAGUUCGAGGCGCUGCUGAGCGAGACGUCGUACCUCACCACCAUGUUUGACCGGUUCCACGACUGGGCGCAAUACUUGCGAGACUAG